AUGGGGAAAGAUGAAGAGAACAAGAUCAAUAAAUAUAUCGACCUCACCUAUGAAUUAAAAGAUCUACGGAGAGUGGACAGGGUUAAUAUCAUCCCGAUAGUCAUACCCAGUAUAGGAACUAUCCAACGAAACCUGUUUAAAUCGCAGGAAGAGCUAGAACAGGAACUGCAUGCAUUAGGUGUUCCGAGAAGGGAACACAUUACUAGAAGAUACAUUAAAGAUGUGAACUGGCUCACGAUGCGUCAGAGAUGGAUUGUACAAUUGUUGCUCGUAGAACAGACAGUCCUAUUAACCAAAUAUCCAGCAUAUGUGAGCAGCAAACUUUCCUUCAGAAGUCACCAUCACUCGGCGAACUUAAGCUAUGUAGGUUAUACCCUCGAUAUGCCCCCCAUAAAUCAGCACAAUUCACAAAGUGCUUGUCGUACAUAA